CGUCGCCGCCUCCUCCUCGGUGGGAGCCGGCUUGCGGGCCGGGCCGGAGCGGGUGAGGGGUGGGACGGGACGGGGCGGGCCGGGCGAGGCCGGGCGGAGAGCGGGUUAGCCGGCGAAAGGCGCAGGAUGUCGGCGACGCUGUACCUGCUCUCCACGCUGGGCGGAUACGUCCUCACCUCGGCGCUUCUCCUCAAGUGUCCGGGGCUUCUCCACCGGCCCAAGCGGCAGCGCUUCCGCUGCCGGCACAUCUCCCACCGCGGCGGUGCUGGAGAGAACCUGGAAAACACGAUGGCAGCCUUUCACCAUGCUGUUAAUAUAGGAACAGACAUGUUGGAGCUAGAUUGUCACCUGACGAAAGAUGAGCAAGUGGUUGUGUCCCAUGACGAGAACCUGAAGAGAUCAACAGGAGUUGAUGUCAACAUAUCUGACCUCAAAUACUCUGAACUUCCACCAUAUCUCUGCAAGUUGGAUGUCACAUUUCAGAAAGAAUGUCACUGUGAGGGAAAAGAUAACCGUAUUCCGCUCCUGAAAGAGGUGUUUGAGGCAUUUCCACAAACUCCUGUCAACAUUGACAUCAAAGUGAACAACAAUGUGUUGAUCAAAAAGGUUUCAGAGCUGGUGAGUCAGUAUAAGCGAGAGCAUUUGACGGUAUGGGGGAAUGUCAAUUACGAGGUUGUAUCAAAGUGUCUUAAGGAGAAUGCUGACAUUCCCAUCAUCUUCUGUUUGCAACGUGUCCUCCUGCUUCUUGGCCUCUUCUACACUGGUCUGCUGCCAUUCAUUCCCUUCAAGGAAGAAUUCUUGGAAAUUCCCAUGCCUUCAAUCAUUCUCAAGCUGAAAGAACCACACAAGAUGUCAAGAAGCCAGAAAUUUAUUAUCUGGCUAGCUGACACAUUGCUAAUGCGGAAAGCACUUUUUGACCACCUCACUGCUCGGGGCAUUCAGGUGUAUAUUUGGGUACUGAAUGAAGAACAAGAAUACAAGAGGGCAUUUGAUCUGGGAGCAACUGGAGUGAUGACAGACUAUCCAACAAAACUUAAGGAGUUUUUACACAAUUAUCCAGCAUAAAGGAAGAAAACCAAGGAAGUUCUUGCAGAACAGAUUGUGAGCCAAGGAUUUUCUUCAUAAAAAAAAUUGAGCAGCAUACACAGAUCAUUUUGUUUGAAAGAUGUAAUUGGAUGAUCUAUUACGUUGUUGUCAAGUUGCUACCUAAUGUAAAGGUUGUCUAUUUAUUUUAAAACUUUAAUUACAUAGUUUACAUUUGUAAAUAACUCAUUUAGCAACAGUGCACUUCACAAGUAGUGAUGACUAGGAAGAAGGAUGCUGGAUAUGAUACCUGUAGAUAAUAAGCACUAUUUUACCUGUCACAAGUGUUCCUAAGCAGAUGUCAAGACACGUCAGUUAUUCCAGUAAUAUUCUAGUGGGCAGAAACUAAAGAAUUUCUGAAAGCGUACCCUGUGUAUAUGCGUUUCUUGUGUUGCUUUUAGUUUUCAGAUAACUUGUAGGGCAAAAAAGAAAAACAAUGCACAGGAGAAAUAGGAAGCAGAAUCUGUGGCUAGCCAGAUAGUUUAGCUUGUGAAGUGUAGUCAGUAAAGGUGGUCACUUUUUUACCAAAAUUAACUCACUUGGUCGGUAUAGAUUUACUCCAUUAUUCUUACUGAUAAGAAUGUUGAGCUUGAGUUGCAGCUGUAUUUAGACCCCUUUCUGAUGUGAUGGUAAUACUGUGACUUACUGGUCAAGGUCUGGAUAGAGUAUUUAAGCCAGGUUCUGGGUUUGACACUGAGUUCCACUGCAAGGGUCUAGGUUUGCCUCUGGUUCUGACCUGCCUGUCAGGCUACCAUGGCAUGGCAGUAGCUAGCUUACCAGAAAGGAAUAUUGCACUUAUAGGUUACACUUACUUUGAAAUAGUCCUUUCACAAAGGAAGCCAAUAUUUUAGAAGUCUUUUGCACGUUUAUAGUUCUACCAUCUGUUGGUGAAUGGAAGUUGUUUUUAGGGUGAGGGACCAAAGAAGACGUAAGUUUGGUCAGGAGUUUCAGGAACAGAUUAAAAUGUUCCUAUUAAGUGAAUUCACCCAAAGCAGAUUCAUAUGCAUACUUAGAAAAGGAGCAAGUGUCAGUCUAGGACGUGUAAAUUUUAGUCUUUUCUCUCCACAAAAGUACAUUCAAUAUUCAUUAAGUUUAUGUGCGUGGACGUGGAAGUAACUUUACUGGCAAAAGCCAGGAAACUCCAAGUGUGAUGGAAUGGAGUUAGAUAGGAAGGUAUUUCUGGAAGCUUACAUGCUGUUCUGUCAUUGUGAACAGGUGUUACACAUGUGUCAAACAGAUUUGAGCCUGCAAUGCCUGCGUGUUUUGGUGUUGUCAUGUUAGUGGUAGGGGUUUUCAGAAGGAAUUUGAUUACUGUAGCUUAAUUAUACACAAUGACAUGUAUAAAGCUCAGUCAUCUAAUCAUCAGAUGCUGCUGGAACAAAACUAUUGUUUAGCGAUACUGUCUACUUCUUCAAGGAACUUCAUGUGAAAAUCAUGGAUCUUAAUAAUAAAUAUAGUAGCCAGAUGCAAGAGUAUAUUUACUGCAAGGUAUACUCAACUGUUAUAAAAAAUUUUAAAGUAAUUAAUUUUCUUCCCUUGCUAGCUCAGAUUUGGAAGGGCUCUUGUGUCACUCUACUGGCUGCUGUGCCAUACUUGUAAUCAUAGAGCAUCUUUGCUAUUCCAUUAUGUCUGUCAGUAGGUUGUCAGUGUUAGAAUGUCAAGUCCAUCUGGUUGGAGAAUAUUGGUUUGUGCAUUAUAAUUCCUUUCUGAGGAAUAUUUCUACAUGGAUGAAGUGGAAGAAACUACUGCAUUCACAAUUCAAGUGAACAUGUGAUGAUUGUGGCAAAUGAGUUAAUGGUGUCCUUCUAAAUAUCUGCCUGGUUAAGAUGGCUGUAGAUUGAAUUUCCUCUUAACUUACUCAGGCUUGUUGCACAUUGAAUGGAAGAGAGGAAAAUGUAACUUCGUAACUGUUCAUAGGAAAAGGAUGAAAUUUUUUAUUCUGUGCUAAGCUGCUUGUUUCCCUUCCAGACCAGUUAUGUCUGGUCAGGUAACUGCUGAUGAUCCAGUCUAGUCAUAGUUCUGCCUGCUUUCUUAGCAGUCACAGAAUAGUUAUAGAAUAGGCUCCAGAUGCAGCUCAAUAGGUAAAUGAAAAACUUCCACCCUUUCUGUCUUAUUUGAUUUAGUAGCCAGUGUGUAGCUCCAGAUAGUUUUUGUGCAGUGUGGUUUUCUUCAACUUAAUUGCUAUCGAAUUUCCAACACGCACACCUUUACUAAGAUGCAAAUAUAAUUCUGGUUUUAGAGAAUACUACCAAAUAGCACUUAUACAUUAAGACUUUUUUUUUUUAGAUUAGGAAAAGCUAAGUUUUAAAAUACCAGUCUUGAUUUCUGGACUUGAUCUCUCAAGGGGUAGGUGAUGACUUAGUUUUUCUCUCAAGUUUCCCUCAUCACUGCAUAAAUAAACUAUUUUACUUUAUUCUGUAUUGAAUGACAAAAUACAGUUAUUGAAAUGGCAAACUUAAUUUUUUAAUUUCACUUUAAUCUUUUUCCUCUUUCUCUCUAGCAGUGGUGUUGGAAGCUUCUGCCUUCAAAGAUGCUCAACACAUCUCUCAACCACUAGUCUUCCUACAUCUGAUGUAGCUUUUGACUGUGCUGUUUAUACAUGACCUCUCUUUGAUAAGUCUGCUACUUACUAUCUGAAAUUUGAACGAGUCAAUUUACAUGGGAGGGAAGGAGUUCAGUGCUGGAAAAGCUGCUGAAUUUAUUCAGUCACCCAUUUGGGCUUUAGUACAAGAGCUAAAGUUUGAUCUCUUGAGACAGAUAAUGUUGCAUGGAUGAGGCUAUGAAUCCGAGCACCAAUGCACAGGGCUUAGGCCAUGAUAACUGUUUAUAACAAAAUAACGUGGAAUUGAGGUAACUGUAGAAUGUUUGUUCUAUCAGAUCAUUGUUUUGAAUGUGCCAGAACUUGCUGUGUGAUUUUUAAACCACUUGUCCAGAAAAGCAUUUGUUGAGAACUUGCACAGCUGUCCAGGAAGAUGUUCAGUUAAUCUCUCUCUCCAAGGAGAGAUUCUUUUCAGGUACUUUUAACUCUGAAUAUUGUUUAAUACUUACUGUGUUCUCAACCCUAUUGCAAAAUACUUUAUGUAUGAAGGAUGAUGCAUGUAUUUCAUGCACUUUUAAUUUGCAGAAUUCCAAAUCUAUGAAGUGAUUUUUCUUUUCUUGUAAAGAAAGAUUGAUGCUCUUGAAAAGUGACACAUUAAAACAUCUUUGCUCAUAAAAGAUCUAAAACUAAA